GUUUAUUCUUAAUUUAUUCUAAAAACAAAUUAAUUAUUUCGAUAUUGUUGCUAUGAAUGAACAUAUUUUAAACAACUCUAUUGAUAAAACACAGAUUCCACCACUGCACCAGAAACGAAUUCUUGCAUUUGUUAAUCAUUUUGUUAUCAGUUCGUGUUCAUUCCUGAAUGAUUUUGCAUCAAAAUGCGAAACCAAAUUUAUCGAAGUCGAGAGGAAAAUGCAAAAACUUGAAGCUUCUCUGAUAAUCAUAGAAUCAAAACUUUCAUCGAUUCCAAGUCUAGAAGAACCCACACAAAAUAUAGAGACGACUUCCAAACCCCCUUUACAACAAGAAAUUCAAGAAGAAACAAAGGAAGCCGAUACUUCUGUGGCCGGUAAAGAUGGUGAAGAUAAAAAUGAUGAACCUCCACCACCGGUGGAAACAGGUGUUAAGGCUUGUGAAGAUGCUCGUUACAAGAAAUUCUUCAAGAUGUUACAAUUCGGAGUUCCCAUUGAUGCCGUUAAGUUAAAAAUGAAAGCCGAAGGCGUCGAUCCUACUAUCAUAGACACUCCAAACAAAUUGUUAGCAGAUGGCACUAUAAGUUAACUGUGGAACAAUAGGAACAUUACCACUGAAUAAAAUAGUUUAAUCACUUUUAAAA